AUGAAGGAAUCAGUGUCACAUCAGGCUCCCAAAGUCAUCAAAAAACUCCAGUUCAGUCUCCUGAACAACCAGGAGACUGUCAAAAUCUCCGAAUUUGAGGUUACCCAUCGCGAUCUAUACACUCCUACUGACCGUCUACCAGUCAAGGAUGGCGUGCUUGACCGUCGCUUGGGGACAACAGAGAAGAAUGCAUUUUGUGAGACCUGCGGACUGUCUUCCGUCGACUGUGUUGGGCACUACGCGUACAUCAAGCUCGUCGUGCCGGUUUUCCACAUAGGUUACUUCAAACACACUAUCAGCAUUUUGCAGUGUAUCUGUAAAACUUGUGCGAGGGUGUUGCUAGAAGAGCCUGACCGACGAGGAUAUCUGAAGCGGUUCCGUCGACCAAAUUUGGAGAACAUUCAGCGGCUUGCACUGUGCAAAGCUGUCAAUACGCAAGCCCGCAAGACUGUCUACUGCCCUUACUGCUCGGCAACGAAUGGUGCGGUGAAAAAAGCAGGUGCGCUGAAGAUCAUUCAUGACAAGUUCCGCGCGAAGAAGACUGCGGACGAGAUGGAGCGGUGGAAGAAGACGUUUACUCCCGCGGUCGAAGCGCAGAAGGAGCUUGGUAUAUACAUCAACAAAGCAGUGCAUGAAGAUUUGAACCCUUUGAAAGUGCUAGACCUCUUUCAGCGGAUCUCGGACGAGGAUUGUGAACUGCUUGGACUGAGGCCAGAGUUUGGUCGGCCGGAAGAGUACAUUUGGCAGUAUAUCUCGGUGCCCCCUGUCUGUAUUCGUCCCUCGGUAGCGCAAGAUGGCGCAUCGAACGAAGACGAUCUUACAGUCAAACUCACAGAAAUCGUAUUCACGAAUGCGCUCAUCAAGCAAGGUCUCGCGAAAGGUUCGCCGACCGCGCAAUUCAUGGAACAAUGGGAAUUUCUGCAGCUCUCUGUCGCGAUGUAUAUUAACUCAGAACUUCCUGGAGUGCCGUCGCAGAUGGGCUCGAAACCAAUUCGCGGGUUCUGUCAGAGGCUGAAGGGUAAACAGGGACGUUUUCGUGGCAACCUUUCAGGGAAGCGCGUGGACUUCUCUGGACGCACAGUCAUCUCACCGGAUCCGAACCUACGUAUCGACGAGGUCGCUGUGCCCGAGCGUAUCGCGAAAAUUCUCACGUAUCCUGAGCGCGUCACGUCGCACAAUAUCGAGAUACUGAAGAAGGCGGUGCGGAAUGGGUGCGACGUCCAUCCUGGAGCAAACUACGUUACUGCCGGUAGCAGCGGCUUCAAGAAGUACUUGAAGUUCGGUAACCGGACUGCGAUCGCUGAUGGGCUUCGGAUCGGCGACGUGGUGGAGAGACAUAUCGUUGAUGGAGACAUUGUACUCUUCAAUCGUCAGCCAAGUCUUCACAAGCUGUCCAUCAUGUGUCACAGAGUGAAAGUCCGCCCAUGGCGGUCAUUCCGUCUCAACGAGUGCGUGUGCGGCCCGUAUAAUGCAGAUUUCGACGGAGACGAGAUGAAUCUCCACGUGCCACAAACGGAGGAAGCGCGGACAGAAGCACUCGAACUAAUGAGCGUCAAAAAUAACCUCGUAACACCGCGCAAUGGUGAACCUGUCAUUGCUGCCAUCCAGGACUUCAUUACUGCUUCGUUCCUGAUCUCUCGCAGAGAUCGCUUUUUCGACCGCCGAGAGUUCACGCAAAUUUGCUCAUACUUCGGCGACGCAGAUAUGCAAAUCGACAUCCCCCCGCCCACGAUCUGGAAACCUGUGCGGCUAUGGACGGGCAAGCAGGUUUUCAACGUGCUGAUGCGGCCGAACAAAAAGUCGAAGGUGCUCGUGAAUGUCGAGUCCAAGUGUAAUACUCAGGAGAAGCCUGAUCCGAAAUACUACCCCCGCAUGUCACCCGCAUUAGAUCUGGCCCCGAACGACGGCUGGCUUGUUAUCGUGAACAGUGAGAUCAUGUGCGGAGUCAUGGACAAGGCAACUGUCGGCAGCGGGAAGAAGAAGUCAGUGUUUGGUGUCAUUAUGAGAGACUACGGUCCCCAGGAGGCCGCGGCUGCGAUGAACAGAGUCGCUAAGCUAUGUGCUCGCUGGUUAGCAAACUACGGUUUCUCUCUAGGUAUCAACGACGUCAUUCCUGGGCCCAUCCUUUCGGGCAAGAAGGAUAGCAUGGUUGAGAAAGCUUAUGCUGACUGUCAGAAUCUUAUCGCAAGAGCGAAGAAGGGUCAAUUGGAAAAUAAGCCAGGGUGCGAUCAAGAACAGACGCUGGAAGCUGAGAUUUCAGCCGUACUCUCUAAUGUCCGUGAAAAUGUUGGGAAGAUCUGCAUGAACGAACUCAGUCGUCAUAAUGCUCCUCUUAUCAUGGCUACCUGUGGAUCCAAAGGUUCCGUCAUCAACGUAUCACAGAUGGUCGCUUGUGUUGGUCAGCAGAUUAUUGCUGGACACCGUGUCCCAGAUGGUUUCCAGGACCGUUCGUUACCACACUUCCCCAAGAAGUCGCGAGAACCGCCUUCGAAAGGAUUCGUAAGGAAUAGUUUCUACUCCGGUCUGACACCAACCGAGUUUCUCUUCCAUGCCAUUUCCGGCCGCGAAGGUCUCGUCGAUACGGCCGUGAAGACUGCGGAGACGGGUUACAUGCAACGGCGAUUGAUGAAGGCUCUAGAGGAUUUGGUCACCCACUACGACUCCUCGGUGCGGAAUGCUGUAGGCGGAGUUGUGCAGUUCCGAUAUGGCGACGACGGUUUGGAUCCUGCAUGCUUGGAGGGCGACGCCCAGCCCGUAGAGUUUUUGCGAGCCUGGAGUCAUGCCUCAUCAAUUGGGUCGCGAAGCUCUCGCGGGUUGCUUCCUUUCGAGAUCAUGGAACUGGUCGAUCGUGAGCUGUCGAACCGAAGGUUCACAAGCGAGUGUACCGCAGCGUACAUAGCAACAAUUCGCGGCUUCGUGAUGGAGCAUGUCGCUAACAAGCUUGCCGAAGUGCGAAAGAAUCAUGGGAUGUUCGAAGCUCUAGAACGUGAAGCCGAGUGGGACGCAGAUACAGAUCUAUCACUCGGCGCUUCUGAUGCUGAUAAGGCCACCGUGGACAAUAAGGCGAAAGUAACUGGAGAGCAGGUGCUAACAUUCUUGAAUAUAUGUUGGACGAAGUACGUCAAGGCAAAGAUUGAGCCAGGAUCUACCGUUGGUGCCGUUGGCGCACAGUCCAUAGGCGAACCAGGAACGCAGAUGACCUUGAAGACUUUCCACUUUGCUGGUGUCGCUUCCAUGAACGUCACUCUUGGUGUCCCUCGUAUUAAAGAAAUCAUCAAUGCUGCGAAGGCUAUCAGCACGCCGAUCAUUAGUUGCAAGCUUGUCACGUCUGAUAGCGAGGCGUCCGCUCGUAUCGUGAAAGGGCGUCUGGAGACGACACGUCUCGGUGACAUUUCAUCCGUGCUUGAAGAGGCUUGGGCCCCAGAGUACACCUAUAUUGGCGUUAUCGUGGAUCUCAAGACUAUCCAGGACCUUCAGCUUGAACUCACUUUGGACGACAUCAAGUGGGCGAUCGUAGCUGCAAAGAAGCUGAAGAUAAAGCAAGAGUCGAUUACAGUUGUUCCUCGUAAACAUCGCCUCAGGAUUUAUGUCGAUGGGCAAGAUAAGUACUAUCGAUUGCGUGAGCUAAAAAGAGCGUUACCGGAUGUCGUCGUGAAGGGCGUACCCACCAUUCACCGUGCAAUCAUCAAUAUCAAAGAAAAGGAUGAUGCGCGGGGAAAGAAAGGGGAUAAAGAAUUGUUAGUCGAAGGCUACGGCCUCCAGAAGGUGAUGGUGACGCAGGGAAUUGUUGGCGAACAGACCUCGUCAAACCACGUCAUUGAAGUUGCUCAGGUCCUUGGAAUUGAGGCAGCAAGACGCACCAUCAUCAAUGAAAUUCAGUUUACCAUGCAGAGCCACGGUAUGAGCAUUGAUCCGCGACACGUCAUGCUCCUCGGGGACGUUAUGUCAUACAAGGGUGAAGUCCUUGGUAUCACUCGGUUCGGCGUGGCCAAAAUGAAAGACAGCGUGCUUAUGCUGGCAUCAUUUGAGAAGACGACUGACCAUCUGUUCGAUGCGUCUGCAUUCGGAAAGACAGAUAGCAUUGCUGGUGUGUCAGAAAGUAUCAUCAUGGGCAAUCCUGCGGCGAAUACUGGGACCUCGAUGCCGGCAUUAGUUGUUCCUGCGCCAGCCAUCAGCAAACCACGGAAAUUACUAUUUGAAGGCUCAUUAUGA